AUUCAAUUCAAAGCAUCUUAAGCCUUUUGUUACAUAGAUAUAUUAUCUAUUUUCUUUAUUAUUAUUGUUCAUCCUUUUUUUUCUUCUUGUUCAAAGUCAUAACAAAUUAAGCCAAUUUAUUAAUUUGUACUAAAAUGGCUUCCCUAGUUUGUGAAACUUUGGCUUAUGAUGGUGUCAAAGGGAUGGAAAUCAAGGGUGAUCUUCUCAUGUCACUAAUGGAAGAAUUACCAUGUGAUGAAAGUGAUGAUGAAAGGUUAGAUAGCUUAAUAAGAUCUUUUGAGGAUGAAAUAAGUGGAAGCAAGAUUGGAAAUCAUGAUUCACAAUUGAAGAGUGGUUUUGAAAAAAGUAGUGAAUCAUGGAACAUAGGACAAGUGGAGGAGGGAGAUGACUAUGGUGUUGAAUAUUGGGUUGAUAUGGAUUUAAUGCCAUCCUUUCAAUUUGAUGAUGGAAAUUGGGGAGCUAUUGAGUCUUGUGGAGAUGAGAAGGAUGUGAUGGUUGAUCAUUUAAUGAUGUGUGAUGAUGGGUUUGAUAUAGAAGAAAAUUCAUACAACUCUUUUUGGCAAGAUAAUUAUGAGAUGGGGUUGGUGCAUUAAUUUGAUAUUGCUUAUGUAUAGACUUUAGUUAUGUUGUAAUUAAUUCUCAUCUUUUUUAUUUGCUAUGUAUAAUUGGGCUAAAAUAUUGUCAAAAACAAAAUUGGCUGAAAUUAUAUGCAAUUAAACGGAGUUUAAUUUGGAAACCAAAA